AAGAACAGAAUGGGAAAACAGAACAGUAAAUUGAGACCGGAAGUGCUGCAGGAUCUCCGAGAGAACACUGAAUUCACAGACCACGAGCUUCAAGAGUGGUACAAAGGCUUCCUCAAAGAUUGCCCGACUGGCCAUUUGACUGUUGAUGAAUUCAAAAAGAUCUAUGCUAAUUUCUUCCCAUACGGGGACGCCUCAAAAUUUGCCGAACACGUGUUCCGCACUUUUGACACCAAUGGCGAUGGGACGAUAGACUUCCGGGAAUUUAUAAUUGCGCUAAGUGUCACCUCUCGAGGAAAGCUUGAGCAGAAGCUGAAAUGGGCCUUUAGCAUGUAUGAUCUUGAUGGCAACGGUUACAUUAGCCGUGCUGAAAUGCUUGAAAUAGUGCAGGCAAUUUAUAAAAUGGUGUCUUCAGUCAUGAAAAUGCCAGAGGAUGAAUCAACUCCAGAGAAACGAACAGAUAAAAUAUUCAGACAGAUGGAUACCAAUAAUGAUGGUAAAUUAUCUCUCGAAGAGUUUAUAAAAGGUGCCAAGAGUGAUCCUUCGAUUGUCCGGUUGUUACAGUGUGAUCCAAGCAGUGCAAGUCAGUUUUAAUGAAACUCUGGACAGUUUGCAAAGAAAAUUACUGGCUUGUUCAAGCUUUGCUCGUAAAUGGAUGCCUUCAACCAUUCCUCAUUGGUUAGUGGAUGAAACUUUGUGGCUGGAUUGUCUCUGUA